UGACACACAUCAAUGGUAGCGAAACUAACGGUACAAGCGACGAUGACCUACUCCUCAUCUUGCUUGCUUCCACUCUCCUCCCUUUCUUCUUCUUCUUCUUCUUCCUCUUCUCCAGAUUUCUCUCUCUCUCCCUCUUACUCUCUUUUACCUGGAGGAUUCACGAGUACAGAAGACUCGAUCCUCGUCCUCGAGAGGGGCGAUCUUUUUCCAAGCGAACGUUUACGUUGCAUGGGCGGCGGGUGACCAGAGAACGAGGAGGAAACUCGAGGAAGGCGAAGAGAGAGGCCAGUAAUAAAAGCAUUCUCUUCGCACGCGGAGGUGCUGUCAUGUAGCCACGAGCCCCUACCCUUCGCGAGUAAUCCGCGCGAAUACUCUUCAAACUUCUUCUACUUCUUUAAGACACCUUCUUAUUUUUCUUUUAUCGUUAAAGUGCUGAUAAACUGUCAUCAUUGGAAUCGAUUGUUUAAUGUGGACAUAAGUCGCGGAACCGCGACGUCGAUUGUGUCAGAUCCUCGUUCAAAACAAAUCAACUAAGAAAAAAAAAAAGCAAAGAAUAAAAUAAAUAAAUAAACGUCAUCCAACGACGUGUCCUAAACUUCGCGAGUUAUGAAAUUAAUCGCGUUUCUUAUUCUUCAGGUGAUCAGUGUGCAGCUAGUGAGAUGUCAAGGAAAUGGUGGUGGUGGUCCAAGUACUUUCGGAUACGAUGCAUCAUCAGCAUGCAGCAAACCAUAUUCGCGUGCCGGACGUACGAGACUCGUUAAUCUUCCAUGUGACUUUCGCCGGCAAAGUUGGUGCACAGUCGCUGGUAGCUCCUAUCCCUGGCAUGCCGUACGUCGUUUCGUACAGGAGAAUCAAGGCUUGAUGAGACGUAUGUAUGGCGAUGAAAAACAUAUAAACAUUUUGAAGGCAGAAUUUGAGAAGAAUGACAUAGAAUUAAAGUAUGAUGAUUACUAUCAUCCUUUUUCCGAUGAUUCCAGGGGAUAUCAAUAUGAGGACGAGUUCGAUUCGAUGGAAGACGAAGAGAGGAUUCUAAGAUCUGAUGACGAAGAAUAUGGGGGUCGUGGUUUCACCAGUAGGUCUUUCAACGAUCCUACCACCAAGAGAUUUGGUAAAUUUCCUAAAUUGAACGAAUAUACUAGAUUGAGAGCGACUGAGAGUUCCACCACUAGUACCACAACGAUAGCAGCUUCUUCAGCAACUAGUACAACAACGUCAUCGACUACGAUAGAGUCUUCCAAGGCAUCUUCAACCACAACGGUGGCUUCGACUAUGGUUGCCUCAACAACAGUUUCAUCAGCAAGCGUUGAUUUUACUACAAAAGAGAUCGACAGUAUCCAAUCCUCGUCUUCAACGACACCUAAAAAAGUAGAAAACGAAGUUGAAGAGAAGAAUGAAACAUUCACACACACACAAAUGGUUCGCGAGCAGAAUUUAAGUAUCAACGAAAUAUCAGAACAAAUUGAUAGAAUAGACGAGAAGGUUGAUGAAAAAGUUGAGGACAAGUUGGAAGAGCCAACGGAACAAACGGAAGUACCGGAAUUGAAUAUUGAGGAUGACUCGAAUGUCGAUAGUUUGGAUGCACCGACUUCGUCAACGGUUUUUACUGAAGAUUCCUUCGACGUAGGCAAAGAAACAACUAUUCACGAGACCUUCGUUAAUGACGAUCAACAGCAAUUCAGACCGCGUCCAGAAUAUAGGCCGUCGACGAGGCCAGCAACGGUUAAUAUGGAAGGUCAGCUUUAUCAGGACGUUGCUGGGAAGGAUCAACAACAAGAACAACCUGUUCUCAAACUCCGUGGAGUAAACGCUUGUCCUGUAAAAGAAGAAGUAGUUGCACCGUUUUGGGCGAACAACACCAGAGGCGAGGUACUUGCUCUGCUCAAUCUUUAUCCUUUCGAACAAUACGUUCAUUGGGAGAAGUGCACACACGAAAACAAACAGAUGUACUGCAGAGAUGGAUGCAGAUGCGAACAACAAUACAGACUUCAUAGACUAUUAGCUUACGAUCCCAAUAACGAGUGUCGUGGCAUAUUUAGCGACUGGUUCAAGUUUCCAAGUUGCUGUGUAUGUCGCUGUUACGAUUUGCCACUUGAAUUUCGGGUUACAUCGCGAUCGCCUCGUACCCAAAAACAAAGGCUAAGAGUCCUGCCACCUCGUUCGAAAUUUUUCUAAUGUUAAAUGACAAAAUUUUAUACUGAGUUAAUCACGAAAAUAAGUACGCAAUGAGGUCUAGAUAACUACAUAUUGUUUAGCUUCAAUACAGAUUAUUACAAUUAAUAAAACGUACAAGACUGUCACAAUAAGAAAGAAAAGAACAAGUGAAGCAGUUUGUUUUAUAAGUUUACAUGAUACUGCACAUUGUAUAUAUAAUAAUAUAUA